AUGGAAGUUUGCCGCGAGGCAGCAAUCACACACCCCGAGACAGAGUGGUUUUGGAAGGAGAGUGCCUAUCAGUUUGUCCAUUAUGUGGUGGAGAACGGACAUGCUCAAUUCCUCAGAUAUCUUGUACAGCAUCACACCGAUAAGAUUAUGCUUACCCAAAGGACGCUACACACUGCACUGGUCAGCGGACAUCUCAAUGUGGUCAAUGUUAUUUUGGACGAGUUGACCGAUAUCCCAGCCCAAGAAGUACUUGUACACGAUAUCAACAGUAGAUUGUCAACAGAUGAUGGGUUGCUCGCACGUCUUGCCAAACAUCCCAAAGUCACUUUUAUUUCCCAUCAUCUUUCCAACAAGAACAAGGACACUGUCAAUCUCCCAUUACCAAAGAAUCGAUCACUCCAUAGCAAGUUACACUUGGCCAUUCGCAACGAUGAUCUACACAUUGCCAAGAUGGUGCUCGAUCAUUGUAGCAUCAAUCAAUUGGAGCUUGACAUUGACAUUGACGCAUGGUGCAGGUUUAUGUCAAAAGAGAUGGGCUUGCUCAUUGCAAACUCGAACAAGGGUCCGUUGCUUCUAACUCGAAACCAGCUCACUUGCCUCAUCGAGUCCAUUGGUCAAUCAGAUAGUCAAGUUACCGAAGAGAUGGUGACACAGUUCAUCAUCCACAACAUGAUCAACACUUCAACGGAAGAGAUAAACUCUCAGUGCCUAGAGAUGGCCGCUGGAGUAUCACACUCUUUGCUCACACUGGUUGUGGACACUUUUCAUCCUACCUUGACCGAAUACCCUGAUGGCUGCUUGUCGCGGGCGAUCAAGCGAGGAUGUCUGGAGAACAUCAUCUUUCUCACCAAAAAUAUUUAUCAAGGUUCUGACACGAUUGGUCGACAGGCCCAAUCUAUGGAGACUGGCCCACUCGAAUAUGUAAAGGCAGUAUACACCAAUCUGCCUGUAAAUGCUAAGCGUUUUCGGGUUGGUAUGGAGGCUGCGAUUGCCAACUCAAACGACGCAGUGUUUGAGUACAUGUUUAACAACCGAUCAACAGAGUUUGAGAGUGACAAUCUUGGACUCACUGCUAUUUCUGCAAUUCGUUUGGACAAACCCAGAGUCCUACAGUUGCUGGUGAAACAUAUGAAAUGGGAGAUACACCUCAGUGAUAUUUUGAUGGCGGCAGCGUACAAUUCAGUGAGAGUAUUAGAGUAUCUCAUUGUUACCAACACAGCCAACAUGAUCACCAUUGCAAAUCGACUACGCACUUUCAAGGAAGCAAUCAACAAUGGAUAUAAAUUUGGAAAUAUACAUAUCAUUCGAUUGUGCAGUUCAAUCAUCAAAGACAUCACUUUGAACAAGAAGAGGAAACAUCCAGAGGAUGAGUCACAACCAGGGGAGCCAAACAAAAGGGAGGAGGCACCAUCAUCAUCAUCAAGGAUGACAUUGGCAUUCCACAUGGUGUUCAGAGACAGACGAUUGGGCCGCAUCAUCAUGAAAAUGAUUGGUGAUAUCUCCAGGACGUCGGAUGUCAAGAGCAUCAGUGGUAGAGCACUACUGGAGAUUGAUACAUUGGAUGAAUACAUCAAGUAUGGCGCAACUGAAUGGUUCAUCAAGGCCUACAGCGCAGUCUCCAACUUAUAUCCAUUCAACAAUCAUUUGCUUGAGACUGCCAUCACCUAUGCACGAUCAAAAAUAGUCGAUGUACUAUUCAACAACACCAACAUGCACAUUAAUGAUAGUGGCAGCAAUAUUUUAUCUACUUUGUUACCCAACCUUAUCAAGGAAUCUCAACACUCAUAUCCUGAUGGCUGGGACCAUUCAUGGGAUGCACUAAAGUCAAUAACCAAUCAACCCAGGAUCAAGAUGUAUAAGAAUUGCAGACUUCUGAAUGAUGUCUGGCAUCCUGGAUUCCUACGCAAGCUACUGGACCUCAUGGAUGGAGUUGAUCAAAGUAACACGGACCAUUCAUAUAUAUGCAGUGAAUAUGUUGCCAAGAAGCAUCCCAAUGCAUAUGAGCUGAUCAAGGUGUACAGAGAAUAUGGACUCCUCUCGAUGGAUCAGUUGAACUACAUCCUCAGGCAAUCCGUCUUGAGCAAUCAUACACAGUUGAUCAACUACCUCAUCGAUGUCACCGAUCAAACGGUGAGUCCCUCUAAUGUAUUGUGUCGACGAAAACAUCAAGCUCCUCGACUGGAUACUUGA